AUGGCACGCUUCGCACAGUAUGCCAUGGUGGCGUCCGAGGAAGCUCUCAAUGAUGCGGGAUGGUUUUCGAAGGAAGAGGCCGAUCUUGAAGUCACGGGAGUGUACAUGGGAUCUGGUAUCGGCAGUUUAGAUGAUGUGUAUGAUACCACAAUUGCUUAUGAGAAAGGCGGUUACCGAAAGGUGUCCCCGCUCUUUGUUCCACGACUGUUGAUCAACCUAGCUGCAGGCCACAUAUCGAUGCGUUAUGGGUUCAAGGGACCGAACCAUGCGGCAACAACAGCAUGUACGACCGGAGCACAUAGCAUCGGAGACGCGUCACGUUUGAUUCAGUUCGGAGAUGCAGAUGUUAUGAUAGCCGGCGGAGCUGAAUCAUGCAUUCAUCCUCUCGCCAUAUCAGGCUUUGCUAGGGCUAGAAGCCUGGCUACUGAGUUCAAUGAACGGCCCAUGGAGUCAAGUCGACCAUUCGACCGAGAACGGGAUGGUUUCGUCAUUGGAGAAGGAGCCGGAGUUGUGGUUCUCGAGGAACUCGAGCACGCAAGAAAGCGAGGUGCGAAGAUCUAUGCUGAAGUCGCCGGCUACGGACUGUCCAGCGACGCACACCACAUGACGGCACCUCGCGAAGAUGGCCAAGGCCCACGUCUUGCAAUGAAGCAUGCACUACGACAUGCCGGCCUCAAGCCAAGCGCUGUCGACUACGUGAACGCCCAUGCGACGAGCACCCCACUAGGUGAUGCUGCGGAGAACCGAGCCAUCAAAGAGCUUCUGCUUGGCGAAGACGGAAAGGAUAGAGCUUGUGAAAUCAAUGUGAGCAGUACAAAAGGUGCGGUCGGACAUCUUCUGGGUGCUGCAGGGAGCGUUGAGACUAUUUUCACAAUUCUUGGAAUGCAUCACAACAUCCUACCUCCGACUCUCAAUCUUGAGAAUCCAGGAGAUCCGGCGGUUGACUUCAACUGCAACUACGUCGCCAAUGCCGCUCAACAGCACAGAACACCCUACCUCAGAAGGCUCCCAUUCGCGGCAAUCGCAAUCAUCAUCACCCUCGUCGCUGUAAACCUCCUUGUUUGGGCGGCAGUUGGUAUAGUCUUACACUGGCAUACGCCACUGAUCUCGACAGCAAUCCUCUCAUACACUCUGGGCUUGCGCCAUGCCCUGGAUGCAGAUCAUAUUUCGGCGAUCGAUCUCAUGACUCGCCGUCUGGUUGCUGCAGGCCAGCGGCCAGUGACGGUUGGAAUGUUCUUCAGUCUCGGACAUUCUACCAUCGUCAUCAUCACGUCGCUCAUCGUUGCAGGAACUGCAGCGGCGGUGUCAGACAAGUUUGACAAUUUCGAGCGUGUCGGUGGCAUCAUCGGCACUUCUGUCUCUGCUGCUUUCUUGUUGCUCCUUGGUCUUAUGAACAUCUACAUUCUGUACAAGCUCAUAGUACAGAUGCGAAAGAUGGUUUCGAGCGACCCUGGUAGUGAGCACGAACAGUUCAAGAUACAGGGCGGCGGUUGCCUCUUCCCGAUAUUGCAGAAGCUCUUCAAGUUGGUCGACCGACCCUGGAAGAUGUAUCCUCUGGGUGUACUUUUCGGGCUAGGUUUCGACACUUCUUCCGAGAUCGCUAUCCUAGGAAUAAGUUCGAUUCAAGCCACGAAGGGGACAUCAAUUUGGCUGAUCUUGAUCUUUCCACUGCUCUUCACAGCAGGCAUGUGCCUUCUCGAUACCACCGAUGGUGCGCUGAUGAUGAGUCUGUACACAAGCACGCAACUUGCGCGCGACCCGAUCGCCAUUUGCUACUACAGCAUUGUGCUAACAGUCAUUACCGUGGUUGUCGCGACCAUCAUCGGGACAGUGCAGUUCCUCAAUCUGGUGCUCAACGUUGCCGAGCCGCAUGGCAAGUUUUGGGAAGGCGUCGAAAAGCUGGGCGAUGCUUGGGAUAUAGUUGGCGGAGCUAUAUGCGGUACAUUUAUCGUUUUCGGUGGUCUCAGUGUUCUGCUGUACAAGCCUUGGAGACGUCGCAUCGAUAGGAAAAGAGUCAACAAUGCGCACUUUGAGCCAUUACCCCAGGAAAAUGAUGUGCCCGGCUCCGACGAAGAGCACAACCGAGGGAUCGUCCCAUCGAGUACGACACAGGCAAAAGCGGUGGAGGUGAACAUCGAGCCAGUAGAAGCCAUAGGCGCUGGUCCUGCACGUUGUUGA